AUACACACUAAAUCCCUCCGAAUCUAGGUAUGAAUCAGGAAGGUUUGAUCGAUAUCCAAGGAGUUGAACAAGAUGGUACCCACAUUAGGGAAGAACAAUCAAAAUCUUCAAAAAUGCCUUGGACAAGUUUGGAAGAGAAGCUAAAAAAUUUGUCAGAAUUGAUCCCACCCACAAACUGUUGCAUCUAUAAAGCUCCAAAGCGUCUACGCGAGGGAAAUGAAAAAGCUUAUACACCUCAAAUAGUCUCCAUUGGCCCUCUUCACCAUGGCGAAGAACACUUAAAGUUCAUGGAAGAAGAAAAACAAAGAUACCUGAAAGAGUUUCUUACGCGAACUCAGGUAAGUGUAAAAGAGCUUUUUGAUUUGAUUACUAAGAAUGAAGAAAAAUUACGUAGCUGUUAUGCUGAAACAAUCAAUUUUAAUCGUGAUGAAUUUGUGGAAAUAAUUCUGGUGGACGCCGCCUUCAUCGUUGAACUCUUGUUGAGGUAUACUUUCCAAAAAAUGCGAAAGAAGGAAGACCAUAUAUUUGGACAGCCAUAUUUGAUUCAAGAUUUAUGGUACGACAUGUGGUUGCUUGAGAAUCAAAUUCCAUUUUUCAUUCUUGAGGAAAUUUUUAACCUAGAAAAAGUGAGUAAGUCCAUCCCAGCUGGCGCUGCCACACCUCAGGAGCGGAAGCCAAGGAUCAUUGACCUCACAUACGAAUAUUUCAAGAGUUUAGAGGCAGUAAAUGGCAAAUUAAAGAAAUUUGAGGGUACUGAAAAAAACGUAGAAGUUAAACAUUUCACUGAUUUCUUAAGAAUUUGCCAUCUACCAUCGCCCGAGGAAAAGAAAAGGCAAGAAACAGAGAAGUUAAAGUUGAAGCAAGAAAAAGAGAAGUUGGGGAAAUCCAAAAAGGAAAAAAGAAAAGAAGUUGUGACAGCACCAAGUGUGAUCCAACUCCAUCAAGCUGGAGCCAAGUUCAAGUUGAGCGAAAGCAAAGAAUCAUUUCAAAUAAAUUUCAGAAACGGGACUUUGGAAAUUCCACAGCUGAAACUACAGCUUGAGACUGAAUCAUUGUUUCGAAAUUUGAUUGCUUUUGAGCAACGUCAUUACGCCGAUAAUUACAUAAACGAUUAUGUUUUUAUCAUUCAUCAUCUCGCCAAUACUCCCAAAGAUAUUGAGUUACUUGUUGAGAAACAAAUUAUUGAAAAUUGGCUGCCGGAUAAAGAAGGGGCAUCGACUCUUUUAAAUAAUCUCUCAAGAGGGACUACUUUGGAUCCUGAUAGAUACUAUUUUUCAGUUCUUUGUGAAGAAAUGGAAAAAUACCGUGGAAAAAGCUACAACAAGUGGAGGGCAAAUCUGAUACAGAAUUAUUUUAGCACUCCAUGGGCUAGCAUUUCGGUCGUUGGUGCUGUUUUCCUGAUUCUACUUACAGUCAUUCAAGCAGUGUUCUCUGUAAUCCAAGUGAAGAUUCAACAAAACGGCUGCUCUUAGACUGAAUUAUUUUUACUUUCUUGUGUUAUUUUAUCAUG